AUGUCCAAUGAUCAAUCUGAACAAUUGUUUACAAGAGAACAAGUCAAACAAAUCAUUGAGAAAAUGUCAAGAAAACCCAAUCUUAACAGAUCAAAACUGGAGAAUAACUCGACUAUCAAUUUACAGAAGAACAUCAAAGAAUUUGCUAAGAGCCUUUCAAAGUACGAAGGUAGUGAAUGGACCAACAGCAAGAUUUUCAACAAAGAGUUCCGCAGAGAACUUAAAAGGAAAACCGCGGGUGCCCUCCAAAGCACAAGCACAAUAUACAAGGGAGCUGAUCGACUCAUCAUCGCGAGAAGAGCAGCAGCCGACCUUUACGAAGAAUUCCAGCAAUUUCUUGAAUCAGGAGGAAAUGAAGAACAGUUCUUUCACAUCAUGGAGAGUAUCCGACAAUUUGCGGUUUACUCAUACACCACGAGUAAGGCCACCAAAAGUGAAGCAAGGAUAAUGGUGAUCAAGACGCUCAAGCUCCUCGACAGCGUCAAAUACCUGGAAGAAGAGCCUAAUGAUAAAUCCUUGGACUUGGGCAGGGAAGAAGUUGAAAGAAUUUUUCAAGCCAGAUACGAAUAGUCCAUCCUUAGAAAUGCAGUUGGACGACAACAACAAUUAUUCAACCACAGUAACAGAGAUACACCAAAGGCUGUGUAACCUUCCACAAGCCUUUUUUGGAUGCAGCAAGGGCCAACUACACACGGAGAUCCAAGCUUCAAUUAACCCCAAUAAGAUCGUCGUCAACGCCGACGUCUUCCCCCAUGGCAACAGCGCAUUACACCGUAUCAAGAGAUGGCAUAUCGCUAGGGGAUUGUUUCCAAUGUUUCUCAGAGCAAUAGAAACGGCUAGUACUCCAUUGAUG